CUCUACAGGCUGAUAACAAUUUUUCUGUACUCGGCAAAGUGAACGGAUGGUAAGGAAAAAAAAAAGAGAAUCUACGUAUUCAUCGGCAAGCGCAAAAGGAAAUCAAGCACUUAGGAACCACUCAGUCGACCUAGGGUCUGAGAGCCACUAAAGUGGACGGUGUGAGGGGAAAAUUGUGUUUGAGGAAUGAAGCACAAAGUAGCAAGAGAGUGUGUGCCUGUGUGAAUGGGUCUGCGGUCAGAGCACGACUACGCCACCCUGUGGAGCAAAGCGGACAAACCAUCCCUCAUCUGUGAAGGUGAAAAUGGCAACUCCUCUCUGGGACAACUUUUGCUACUCAUCUCUCCAUCCAAGAAAAAAGGAUGUCCUUGAACGCACCGCAGCAUGUUCCGACCGCACUUUUUCACUUUUGAUCCCAACUGUCACACUAUUAAUCCACAUUGCGGAGGAUGGCGGAGGAGAUACAACCUCACACAGAGCAGAGAUCCUGGAUAUCAAGCUGGAUUCCCUCUUGGUGCCCCACUUCUUCUUCUCAGCUCAAAGAUGCGGAAGAAAAAAUGCUCAAGACUGUGAAGCAGCCUCACUCCAGGCGGUACAUCCAGGUAUCGGAUGGGAACUAUCUGUGGACGUUAGCUUUUUCCACGCAGCUCCCUCCUCCAUGCUCCGCCUCUCCCCCACAGCCCCCUGCCCCACCCAGGACUCCUUUGGUUCUGCUGCAUGGCUUUGGAGGAGGGGUUGCCCUUUGGGCCCAGAAUCUAGAUGCUCUCUCCAGCUCCGGACCCGUCUACGCUCUCGACUUGCUCGGCUUCGGCAGGAGCAGCCGUCCCCGGUUCUGCACAGAGGCCGAGAGGGCCGAGGAGCAGUUUGUGGCGGCCCUGGAGGAGUGGAGGGAGGCGGUGGGCCUUGGAGAGAUGGUGCUGCUGGGGCACAACCUUGGAGGAUAUUUGUCUGCGGCCUACGCACUCAAGUACCCAGACAGGGUGAAGCGUCUGCUGCUGGUGGAGCCGUGGGGAUUCCCAGCACGUCCAGACAACCCCGAACACAACUCCAUCCCAGUGUGGAUCCGAGCCAUCGGGGCCGUCAUGAGCCCCUUCAACCCUCUGGCUGGACUCAGGCUGGCCGGGCCCCUGGGUCCGAUGCUGGUUCAGACCAUCAGGUCAGACUUUAAAAAGAAAUACUUGUCGGUGUUUGCCGACAACACCGUCUCUGACUACAUCUACCAUCUGAACGCCCAGAGCCCCAGCGGCGAGACGGCCUUCAAGAACAUGACCAUUCCUUACGGCUGGGCCAGCAGACCCAUGCUGGAGCGGAUCGGACAAGUCCAGGCCAACAUUCCCAUCGCCUUCGUUUAUGGAUCUCGAUCCAGCAUUGACAGUGUCUCUGGAAAUGCAGUCAAGAAAACCAGACCGGAUGUAGAAAUCAAAGUGAUCAGAGGGGCUGGUCAUUACGUGUUCGCUGAUCAACCCGAAGACUUCAACCAAGCGGUCCUGGAGAUUCUCACCAGGACAGAGAGGACACUCAAAGAGGAGCCGACAGAGCAGUGAUAUUUCUCUGGUGCUCUAAAGAUACGGGAGCGAGGACUAACCCGAACAAAGUACACGACCACAGCGGUACGCGCCUUACAGUAACAUGCACUUUAACCUUUCUAGAGACUCCUCACCGACACUUGACACAUUUCACACUCCCUGACACUUGGGACCAGAGUUUGCUGCUGGUUGCUGCGUUCACAUGAAUACAUUUUGUAAAUAAAUGCGAGACAACGUUC